AUGGAGAAGAUCACUAAACUCGCCAACCGUCUGUCACUCGAUGGUUCGGCAAAAACACCGGUGGUCAAGCCGGAUCCAGAUGCGCUGUUUUCGCCCGUCGUGACCUCCCAUCUCGAGGAGAUCUAUGCCUCGUUGACGGCCUCCUCCGAUGUCGACUUCGUCAAGGAUAUCCAACAUGAAACCCCCCCAACAGACACCGAGGCCGGACCGCUUUCAUCCUUGGAAGCGUUCAAAGAAUACAUGGCCGGUCCCAACGCGUCGGCCCUGCAACCGGCCCAGAAGCCGGAUCUCACCGUCCCCAUUACCGACUUUUUCAUCUCCUCGAGCCACAACACCUACCUGACCGGUAACCAGCUGUCGAGUGACUCGGACGCGAGUGCCUACACAAAUGCUCUUCUGAACGGAUGUAGAUGCGUCGAGAUCGACGUCUGGGACGGGGAUCUAGACUCCGACAGUGAUGGCGACGUGAGCAGCAGCAGCGAGUCCAGCUCGGACGACGAACAAACCAAAGAACGGAAGAAGGAGAAGCAGAAGAAGAAGGCAGAAACCGUCGGGCGUCGUAACACCGUCUCGAAAAAGUUGAAUGGCCUCCUGGGCCGAAAAUCCCCUCCCGCCGAUGAGCCCGCUGAGGAGGAGAAAAGCCUGGGAGCCAAGGCUCGGGAGUUGAUCCGGAUGGAGUCCAAGGAGCCCACCGAGGAGGAGAAAAGCCUGGGAGCCAGGGCUCGGGAGUUGAUCCAUAUGGAGUCCAAGGAGCCCACCGAGGAGGAGAAAAGCCUGGGAGCCAGGGCUCGGGAGUUGAUCCAUAUGGAGUCCAAGGAGCCCACCGAGGAGGAGAAAAGUCUGGGAGCCAAGGCUCGGGAGUUGAUCCAUAUGGAGUCCAAGGAGCCCACCGAGGAGGAGAAAAGCCUGGGAGCCAAGGCUCGGGAGUUGAUCGGGCGGGAGCCCAAGGAGCCCGCCGUCGCGCCGACCGAGGAGGAGAAAAGCCUGGGAGCCAGGGCUCGGGAGUUGAUUGGGCGGGAGCCUAAUGAGCCCGCCGUCGCGCCGACCGAGGAGGAGAAAAGCCUGGGAGCCAGGGCUCGGGAGUUGAUCGGGCGGGAGCCCAAGGAGCCCGCCGUCGCGCCGGUCGAGGAGGAGAAAAGCCUGGGAGCCAGGGCUCGGGAGUUGAUCCGGCCGGAGCCCAAGGUGCUUCACGGCCACACUCUUACCAAGGAUACAACCUUCCGGGACGUCUGCCAUGCCAUUCGCGAUAGUGCCUUUGUCAAGAGCGAUCUGCCGGUGAUUGUCAGUCUCGAGGUCCAUGCGUCGCUGGAACAGCAGGAGACAAUGGUGGAGAUCAUGGAGGAAGCCUGGAGAGGAAUGCUGCUAGAGGUGACGCCCGAGAUUGAGGCGACCAAGGCCCCGCCGCCCUUGAAGAAGCUCCGACGCAAGAUUCUGAUCAAGGUGAAGUAUGUGGCACCGGCGGAUGACACCGAAGGGGCCGACCAGGAAGAUUACACCGACGAGCUCGAAGGGUUGCAGCCGCAGCCGAGCCAAGGUGAAGCAAGCGUAACCAAGACCAACACCAACGCAUCCGCCCCGCCAGUGAAGCCGUCCAAGAUCUCCCAGGCCCUGAGCCGGCUGGCCGUGUUCACCAAGGGGUUCCAUUUCAGUCACUUUGCGCAACCAGAGGCCAAGGUACCCGGGCACGUGUUUUCCUUGUCGGAGAAAGCCGCUCGCGCCGCAUAUGCCAAUGAUCGCGACGCCCUCUUCGAGCACAACCGAAGGCACUUUAUGCGGGUGUAUCCGUUCGGCCUGCGUGUCGAUUCCUCAAACCUCGACCCCACCUUCUACUGGCGCCGGGGCGCGCAGAUCGUGGCCCUCAACUGGCAGAAAUUGGACAAGGGCAUGAUGCUCAACCGAGGCCUGUUUGCCGGCGAGGAGGGAUGGGUCCGCAAACCCCAGGGAUACCUGAGUACGGAGGAAUCCUCGGCUCCGGUUCCGAAGGUCCAGCUGGACCUCUCUAUUGAAUUCAUCGCCGCACAGAAUCUGCCUCUGCCCCCCGGCGAUACCAAAGAGAAGGGGUUCCAUCCCUACGUGAGCUGCUACUUGCACGUUGAAACCCCCAGUGAGGAGCCCGACAGUCCCACCGACGACGACACGACCGACUCCGAGAAAUACAGCUACAAGCGGGAGACCAAGAGCACGACCGGCUGCAACCCAGACUUCAAAGGCCAGAAAGUCACCUUCCCCACCAUGACGGGGAUCGUCGAAGACUUGACAUUUGUCCGAUUCAAGGUCAAAGAUCACGAGCUGUGCCGCGACUCCCUCGCUGCAUGGGCGUGCAUCAAGCUAAACCGCCUACGCGAGGGUUACCGGUUGAUCCAUCUGUACGACUGCGCGGGUGCAGACUCUGGCGGGGCGAUCCUCGUCCGGGUCACGAAGAAGUUGGACCAGGUUUCUGCCUAG